AUGGCGCUUCGCUGCAGCUGGGACACCCGUGAUCUGGAGAGUCGCAAUCCAUUCACGCGGGCCGAUCGCAUAAGUUUCCCGGUUCUCACAGAGUCGACAUGGAAGAGCCACGGCACGCCACCAGAAAGCAAGUUGAUGCAGUCGCCCAUCCCUUCUAGAUGGACGCCGGCUGGUUCAGACGAGCUGUCCUGGCAUCGUGGAACUGAAGAUCGCAGGGGGCGUCGUGUUGACGAGUUCUUGGCAGAUCGCCAAAGAAGGGGGCUUAUCACCCCAGCGAAGACGCCAAGUGACAUCAUGAAGCGUGGCCCGCUCUUCGACCCGGACAGCAGCCCCUUCAGUGACGUGAGUUCUUAUUUGGGUACAGGCUCCAGUGGGGGCUGGCCGACCUGCAGACCGAUGAUGUCCUCAAAUGCAGCCGGAGUUUCAGUAGACUCUUCGAGGCGUAAAGUGGCAGCAUGGACAAAUCUCAAAGCAGCUACGGAACCCGCCUCUCGCCCAUCGGUUUCCUGGGCGCUUGCAGAGGCCAGUACGCGUGAGAGCGAAGCAUUGUUGUCUAUGGCAACGACCUCCAUCAGCUUUGGUCGCGAGGACCCUCGAAUGUGUGACGUGAGUGCUCCGGUGAGACAGCGCCGUGCCUCCAGCCACAGCCAGAGGAAAGGUGCACUUCCUGGUGUGGCACGUCAACUGGACUUUGAUGGGGCAGGCGCCUUUGCAGACGAGUCUGACAAGGGGAGCCCCCUGAGCUUUGUGGAUAGCUGUCCCUGGCACAGCUGUCGGACACCGUCGUCGUCCUCCUUGGAGGAAUUGCAAGAGCUGAGUCUCCUGAGCUGGAGCCCUCCCAAGUCCAAGCUUCGGCAUGAGUCGACGCAGACAGAGACCAUUCGCCAGCACAACCAGGAGACUGACAUGACGGAAUCUGUGGCUCGCGAGAGCCAACAUGCCAGUGCAGAUGUGGGUGUGCGCAUGCUCGACAAGCCUGACAAGGUAUUGCAUGGCUGGGUGCUGCCAAUCUGCACCUGCUGUAAAGGCGUGGGGUUAGGCCCCCCAAUGGAUCGUCAGCGGAUUCAUGGCUCUCGCUCACGGAGUCUCAGCUCUGUUCAUUCCUGUGCGCAAGAGCGAUUGACUGCUGCCAGCAAGUUCCUGGAUCUUCACGCAAGUGAGACACGCAGUCGCUGGCGCUGGACUCCACCGGAAAGGCUAUCUCUUGAAGAGUUGCGGGCUGCGUCGCUCUUUGCGCAGCAUCGUUGCGACCAGCAUUGCCGACAAGGUCUGCAGCCAAGAUAG